GCCGCCCGCCUUCCCUGGCGCAGCGAGCGAGCGAGGUCACCAUGCGCGCCGCACGCCUGCAGGUAGGCAGUGCCCCUGCGGCGGCAGCAGGCGGUCCUGGAAUGUGCGAGGGGCGUGAUGACAGCGCCGGGGCCGGUCGCUUUGCGCAACACCUUCCUUAUAUAUAGCCGGGCAGCCGCGGCGUGCUACCUGGUGCCGCCUUGGGUCCCUUACCUGCGGAGACCAUGGCUCCUUGGCCUAAGUUGGAAAAUGCCCAGCCUAACCCUGAGAAAUUCACUGAAGGGGGCACAAGUCAGCAGCCCAGCACAGAUGCCAAAGGCAAAGACACGGACCAAAAUGCCAGUGGGACUUCAGUGGCCAAGAUUGAGCUAUUGCCCUCCUACUCCACCGUGGCACUGAUAGAGGAGCCCCCCACAGUGGAAGACCCCUGGGACCUGCCUGAGCUCCAGGACACUGGCAUCAAGUGGUCAGAGAGAGACACCAAGGGGAAGAUUCUCUGCAUCUUCAAGGGGAUUGGGAAGCUCAUCUUGCUCCUGGGAUUCCUCUACUUUUUCGUGUGCUCCCUGGAUGUCCUCAGCAGUGCCUUCCAGCUGGUUGGAGGAAAGAUGGCUGGGCAGUUUUUCAGCAACAACUCUAUUUUGUCCAACCCCGUGGCGGGGCUGAUGAUCGGCGUGCUGGUGACCGUCAUGGUGCAGAGCUCCAGCACCUCCUCGUCCAUCGUCGUGAGCAUGGUGGCCUCCUCAUUGCUGACCGUGCGGGCUGCCGUGCCUAUCAUCAUGGGGGCCAACAUCGGGACCUCCAUCACCAACACCAUUGUGGCGCUCAUGCAGGCGGGGGACCGGAAUGAAUUCAGAAGAGCUUUUGCAGGGGCCACUGUCCAUGACUUCUUCAACUGGCUGUCGGUCUUGGUGCUACUGCCCUUGGAGGCCAUCACCCACUACCUGGAGAGGCUGACCGGGCUCAUGGUGAAAACCUUGAACUUCCAGAACGGAGAAGAUGCCCCAGCCCUUCUGAAAGUCAUCACAGACCCCUUCACAAAGCUCAUUGUCCAGCUGGACAAAAAACUUAUCAACCAGAUUGCAAUGAGUGACCCAGAAGCCCAAAACAAGAGCCUGAUCAAGAUUUGGUGCAAGUCCAUUACCUAUGUGACACAGCAAAAUGUCACUGUCCCCUCAUCUGAGAACUGCACCUCCUCUUCAUUCUGUUGGACGGAUGGUGCCUUGACCUGGACCUUGCAGAAUGUGACCCAGCAGGAGAACAUUGCUAAGUGCAAGCAUAUCUUUGUGAAUGCCCAGCUCCCAGACCUUGCUGUGGGCAUCAUUCUGCUCAUCAUCUCCCUGCUGGUCCUCUGCGGCUGUCUGAUCAUGAUCGUCAAGCUCCUGGGCUCUGUGCUCAAGGGCCAGGUGGCUACCAUCAUCAAGAAGACCAUCAACACCGACUUCCCCUUCCCCUUUUCCUGGGUGACUGGUUACCUGGCCAUCCUUGUGGGGGCCGGCAUGACCUUCAUCGUGCAGAGCAGCUCCGUGUUCACGUCUGCCUUGACCCCGCUGAUUGGUAUCGGCGUGAUAACCAUCGAGAGGGCAUAUCCACUCACGCUGGGAUCCAACAUCGGCACCACCACCACCGCCAUCAUGGCUGCCUUGGCCAGCCCAGGCAACACCUUGAUGAGCUCACUCCAGAUCGCCCUGUGCCACUUUUUCUUCAACAUAUCUGGCAUCUUGCUGUGGUACCCGAUCCCAUUUACCCGCCUGCCCAUCCGCCUUGCCAAGGGCCUGGGCAACAUCUCCUCAAAGUACCGCUGGUUCGCCAUCGUCUACCUCAUCUUCUUAUUCUUCCUGACCCCGCUGGCGGUGUUUGGCCUCUCGCUGGCCGGCUGGCCGGUGCUGGUGGGUGUAGGGGUGCCCAUCGCUUUGCUGCUGCUCCUGGUGCUGUGCCUGCGGCUGCUGCAGUCCCGCUGCCCGGGAGUCCUGCCUCAGAAGCUGCGCUCCUGGAGCUUCCUGCCCUCGUGGCUGCACUCGCUGGAGCCCUGGGACCGUGUCAUCUCCCUGCUCACCAGCUGCUGCCAGCGGCGCUGCUGCUGCUGCUGCCGCAUGUGCUGCCGCGUGUGCUGCCUCAUGUGUGGCUGCACCAAGUGCUGCCACUGCAGCAAAUGCUGUGAGGACCUGGAGGAGAAGGAGGAGCCAGAGGUUCCCAUCAAGGGGCCCGAGGUCUUCAGCAUAGCCAUGAGCCAGGAUGUCCGGGGUGAGGGCAAGGCCCACCCCGAUGCCCUGGAUACAAAGAGCACCUUCACCAUCACAGCCUUCUAGCGGCAGCCUGAGGCUGUGGACCCCGGGGUCCAGGGCUCCACCCUUCUGCUUCUGCAGCCUUCCACUGCCUCAUAGCAAUGUGUUCCCUGUCAGGAAACAGUCACAUGUGUGUCCCAGCUCUUCCCCUGACAGGGCCACACAGGGAGAGUUAGAGUGUGACCCGGCCACUCGCAUGCACAGCUGCAAUAGCACCAGUUUCUAGGCCCCCCAGCCCAGCCUUCCAAUUGGGGAGUCCCGCGGAGCGAUCGGGGAAGGCUUCCAGUGAGGCAUCUGUCGGAAGUGUGGGCCCCUGCACAUCCCAGAUGCCUUCCCUGCGUCGUCCAGAGCCCCUGUUCUGCUCAUACCUCGGCUCCCACCCUCAACUCCUCCCCGGCAAGGGAACUUCAGCCUUAUCUAGGAAACCGGCGGAUGCAGCUGUGCCCCAAGACCCUGUCCCCCCAGCAUCCUCUCCAUCCUACCAGGUUGGGGCACCAAACCGAACCCUCCCUGACCCCCCCAUGUAGAUACCAACCCCCAAACAGCUAUUUAUAGUCAUGCACCUGUACAGCAUUUUUCAUAAGUUAUGUGGUGAAUAGUCUGGUUUUGUUUUUUAGUGUCUCAUUUGGAAAUGAGGCAGGGCUCUUCUAUGAAAUGUAAAGACACAAUGAGGACCUUUGUAUAUUUUGGGAUGUGGCCUUUUAAGCACACCUCCAGGCCAUGCCACCCCACUCAGUGUACAUAUGUAAGUAAAACCCGGGCAGUGGCUGUGGCCAUCUUUGCACUCUUGAUUUUUUUAAAACUAGGAUCCUUGUACCUGCAUUGAUUGUAUUUUUUUUUAUACCGGUUGUGGGAAAUAAAAGGGAUAAUCAAAUCCAAAGGA